AUGGCACCUGUAGGUAAUCGUCAUUUUUCUCAAUCAAAUAAUCGUUAUUCAGGUGGACGCGGUCAUCGAUCACAUAUACGUCCUGAUGAUCGAUCUAGACGUGAUAAUCGUUAUGAUAAUAAACGAAGUCGACGUAGUCGUUCUCGAUCAGAUUCACGACGACGAAAUGAUACUCGACCAUCAUCUACUAAAUUAUCAGUAAAUUCUAAACGACGAAAAAUAGAUAGUGAUAAUGAAUAUGAUAAUUUAUUAAAAGAAGAAAAUGAUCCUGAAAAAAGAUUUCGUUUAAUAUUAAAAAAACGAAAUGCAAUCAUUAAACGAACAUUAGCCAAAUCAUUUGGCUUAAGUACAACAACAUUAUCACAAUUAUUAAUUGAUAAAUGUGAUGAAACAAUCAAAGAAUCGAUUAUAUCAAAAUCUAAAAAACAAUUCGAACGAAAACAAUCAAAUGAUUCUGAACCUAUUCAAACUUCACGUGUUGUUACUGAUGAAGUACAUUUAUGUGAUCAAAUAUCUCGAUUAGAUGAUGAUGAAUAUGAUGAAGCACCGAAUAAUGAUUAUAGUCAGCAAUUUGUGAAUAUUGGUCAACGACCACAAAAUUAUAUUCGUGAUGCUGGUCUUCAAGAUCGUUUUGAAGAAUAUCCAAAAUUACAAGAAUUAAUUCGUCUUAAAGAUGAACAUAUUAAUAAAACAAGUCCACCACCAAUGUAUUUACGUUGUGAUUUAUUAGCUAAUAAUUUUACAUUAUCAUCACUUGAAUGUGAAUUUGAUGUUAUUCUUAUUGAACCACCAUUAGAAGAAUAUAAGCGAACAAGUGGAAUUCAUUUUGAUCGUUAUGUUACCUGGGAUGAAGUUAUGAAACUUGAUGUCGAAUCAGUUGCGGCACAACGAUCAUUUGUUUUUCUAUGGUGUGGAUCAGCUGAAGGUUUAGAUCAAGGACGAGCGUGUUUGAAAAAAUGGGGUUUUAGACGAUGUGAAGAUAUUUGUUGGGUUAAAACAAAUCGAGGAAAUUCAAGACCAGCUCUAACACUUGAAUCUGGUUCAAUUUUUCAAAGAACAAAAGAACAUUGUUUAAUGGGUAUUCGUGGUACAGUUCGUCGAUCAGUUGAUUCUGAUUUUAUCCAUGCAAAUGUUGAUAUUGAUUUAAUAAUAACAGAAGAACCAGAAUGGGGAGAUCCAAAUAAACCAAUUGAAUUAUAUCAUAUUAUUGAACAUUUUUGUUUGGGUCGUCGUCGUCUUCAUUUAUUUGCUCGUGAAUCAACGAUAAGACGUGGUUGGUUAUCAGUAGGCUCGGAAAUUUGUACAUCUAAUUUUGAUAAACGUCUUUAUAAAACAUAUUUUGAAAACCCAUUACCACAACUUGAAAAUAUAUCUGAACGAAUUGAACAACUUCGACCGAAAUCACCACCACCCAAAGGUCUUAAAGCAGCACCAGGAACAACAGCAGCAACAACAAAUCCUAAUCCAAAUUCGACAUCUGCGCAACAACUUGUUCCAUCCACAUUAUCUUCAUCAUCAACGAAAGAAUUAACACCAUUAGUUAUUUUACAAGAAGGUCAACAAGCAAUACGUUCAACAAUAACUAGUAAUCGUCAAUCAUCAUCUCGUGCUGUUCGACCACAUUGGGGUUUAUAUACUGAUGAUAUACCACCAAAUGUUUAUCCACCUAUGAUGCUUUCACCAACACGUCAUGGUUAUCCAGCAUCAUAUUCUGAUUUACAUCUAUUAUCUGAAUAUGAUUUUGCUAUAGCAGCUGGAAAUAGUAGUCAAAAUGAUUAUGAUACAUAUUAUGGUCAUGCUAACGUUGAACAACAGGAUGACAGAGGAAAUUUUCGUAACUGA